AUGGGGGACACAAACAAGCCAACUCAAUUGAGCAUGGCAUCCAAGUUUGACAAUCCCAAUCAUCCUUUGUAUCUUCACCAUUCAGAUCAACCUGGAUUGGUUCUUGUAUCACAAGUUCUCACUGAAGAAAACUACAACGUAUGGAAUCACUCCAUGACUGUGGCCUUGAUGGUCAAAAACAAAUAUGGCUUUGUUGAUGAAUCGAUUUUACGACCAAACGAAGAUGCAGAAGACAAAUUGCAGCAGUGGAUUCGUUGCAACAAUCUCAUCAAGACCUGGAUAUUAGGUUCACUUUCCAAGGAAAUUGCAGCAAGUGUUUUCUAUUGUGAAGGAGCAAAGGCAAUUUGGGAUGAACUCUAUAAACGUUUCUCUCAAGUAAACAAUAUCCAAGUUCUUCACAUUGAAAACGAGAUACAUGAUUGUAUUCAAGGAACCAUGUCUAUUAGUUCCUAUUUUACCAGACUCAAAGGAUUAUGGGAUGAAAAAGACGUCCUUUUUCCUAUUGCAGCUUGCCAAUAUGGAACUAUGAAGGAAGAGCUAUCCUAUUGA